AUGCUUGAUAUUUAAGAUAAUUUAGAAAGAGCCAUUAACCUUUCUAAAGCUUAAGAAGGUUAAAAAUCAGAUUUGUAUGAAGGUUCCAAAUUAACAUUUAAAAUUCUCGAAAAAGUACUAGAAAAAAAUGGAGUAGUUAAAAUUAAUCCUGAAGGUGAAAAAUUCGACCCAAAUUAUCAUGAAGCUCUUUUCAAUAUUCCAGAUCCUACAAAAGAAAACGGUACAGUAGCUUUUGUUGCUUAAACUGGCUAUAAAAUAUAAGAUAGAGUCUUAAGACCUGCAAAAGUUGGUGUAACUUAGAAAGAUUGA